UAGGUAUUAUUAUGUCGAACGUAAUUUGCUAUCAGUUAUACAGGUGAAGUGAAUGUGUGAUGACCGACUUCUGGACCCAAUUCGACUGGCUCUCUAAUAGGUCUCGAUUUCAAAUAAUGCUGCGGUGAUUUCACCGUCUUUGCCAUCGGAAUUCGUUGUGAGAGAGGAUUGAGAUAAGCGACCUUUCCGAUAAACCGUCCACAUCAACAAGAUGAUCAACAGGAUCCAGUGCACUGAGUGAUCGCACACAAAAUGGCAGCCUCACCGAAAGACCCUCAACUGAUGAGGUCCUUGCUGGACGCGGGAUCGUUUCUGCUGCUGGCCGCCUGGCUGAUCGUCAAGGCCAUAUACAGGGCGUGCCUGCCGGCGACGUACAGCUACAGGAAGGACAUUUCCGGGGAAGUGGCCCUGGUCACUGGCGGGGGAGGCGGGCUGGGCAGGCUGCUGGCUCUCAGGCUGGCCAAGCUCGGAGCUAAGGUCGUCUUGUGGGAUAUCAAUAUCAAGGGAGUUGAGGAAACAGUAGGUUUAGUUAAAGGUUUAGGCGGAAAAGCCUAUGGCUUCGAAUGUAACUUAGCAGAUAAGGAUGAUGUAUAUAGGGUAGCCAAAAAAACUCAACAAGAAGUUGGUAAUGUUAAUAUCCUGAUAAACAAUGCGGGUGUAGUUUCAGGCCAAUUACUACUUAACACUCCAGAUCACCUCAUCAAAAGGACUUUUGAUGUCAAUGUUAUUUCACAUUUCUGGACUGUGAAAGCAUUCUUGCCGAAGAUGAUCGAAAAGGAUCACGGCCACAUAGUGACGAUAGCUUCGAUGGCUGGCCACAUCGGAGUGACGAAGCUGGUGGACUACUGCGCAUCCAAGUACGCAGCCGUAGGCUUCGACGAAGCUCUCAAGGUUGAGCUGGAAGCCCAGGGCGUGUUGGGUGUCAAAACGACUGUGAUAUGUCCGUACUUCAUCCAGCAGACCGGGAUGUUCGAAAACGUCAGUUCGAAAUUCUUGCCCACCCUGAAGUCUAACGACGUAGCCGACAGGAUCAUAGAGGCGAUACAGAGGGAAGAGAACCUGGUCACCAUUCCGGGGAUCUUCAGAGGACUCGGUAUAUUGAAAGUGAUCAUGCCAUGGGAGGUGAUAUCUUUGUUCAUAAGAGCCAUCCUUCCUGAUGCGGCCCCACAUCAACAGAUGUCACCGAUAGUACAAAUAAGGGAGACGGAAGACACGUUGCCACACAAGAGUGAUAGCAUAACUUCGGCGAUGUCCCAAUUGAAUCACCGUCUGCUGGCGACAGGGAAAGAUCUUUGACCAGUUUAUACAUACCGAUGUGAAUAGUUUAGUCGUUAGAAUAAAAAUUUGUCACCAACCAAAAAUUGGAUUUCAUUUAUAAUGAUAAUAGUUAUGCUUUUAUUGUCAACAAUUCACAAAAAAUAAUGAAAAAAGUGUUAAAUAAAUAUAGGAAUC